AUGGCUUAUGAGAGAGCUAGCCAAGGAGCUCAUCUCAUCAAAGAAGAGCGUGCAAAGGCAAUUAGAGAACGGUCAUCUCCACCUCCAGAACACACUCGAAAUUGGGAGCUUCAUACCUCCCCUGCGAAAGGCGAGAAUUCAACACGAGGCGAUGAGCUCAAGCUCGGGCGUUCGGUUGGGGGUGGAUUAAAGCCAGUCUUCGAUCGUACCACACCUAAACUUCCCAAGCUCACCCAUUUGGUGGAAUGGGUCGAUGCUACGGAGUCUGAGCUCGAAAACGCGCAUGCUGCUGCAACACCACAGCUGUUUCUAGGCAUGUCAGGUCAAACGGCCACGCCGAGGAAAUUGUCAGGACAUGUGAAAGACCGAGUGGAUUUGUUCGAAGCAAAGACGCCCAGCCCAAACGCAAAAACGCCCAGUCCGAGAGCAAGGACUCCCAGCCCACCAAAGAUGUGUUGUCAUGCGGAUGUUCAUAAUGUACCUUUUGAAGGGCUUGCAUUGCCUGCAUUAUGGGCGGCAAGGGAAGGGGAUGAUGAUGAGUGGUUUCCAGCUCCUGGGUCGUGGCGCGAUGUUUAG